AUGUCCGAAUCACCAGUCGUCAAUGGCAAUUUCUGCCAUUACAACAACACAUACACCGGAGAAAACAGUGUGUUGAAGAUGUUCUCAUUAAAAGGAAAGACUGCAAUCGUCACCGGAGGAGGUGCUGGUAUUGGUCUGAGUGUCGCUCAUGGCCUCGCGGAGGCUGGUGCAAAUGUUGCUAUUUGGUACAACUCCAACAAGAAGGCAAUUGAACAAGCAUCAAACAUUGAGAAGACCUAUGCUGUUCAGUGCCGAGCAUACCAAGUCAACACCAAGGACUAUGUGAUCGUGGAAAAAGCCGUGGAAUUAUGUGUCCAAGAAUUUAAUGGCCGACUGGACAUCUUCAUUGCUAAUGCUGGCAUUCCUUGGACUAAAGGUGCGAUGGUGGAUGCUCCUAUCUCCCAUUACUCGGAUGUGGUCCAGACAGACUUGGAUGGAACUUUCUUCUGUGCGAGAGCUGCUGCCACGCACUGGAAGCGACAAAAGACUGAAAAGACCGAUGUUUUUGGUAAGCCACUGGAAGGAUUCACCUACGGUAGCUUUGUUGCUACUGCUUCUAUGAGUGGUCAUAUUGUCAAUGUUCCUCAGCUCCAGGCUGCGUAUAACGCUGCCAAGGCUGGUGUUAUUCAUCUUUGCAAGUCUCUCGCGGUGGAAUGGGUAAGAUUUGCUCGCGCAAAUUCAGUUUCCCCGGGUUAUAUUGAGACAGAGAUCUCUACAUUUAUUCCCGACGAGACGAAGACGAUUUGGAAGGGCAAGAUUCCAAUGGGCAGAGAAGGUCUGCCACAGGAGCUUAAGGGAGCUUUUCUGUAUCUUGCUUCUGAUGCCUCUAGCUACACAACUGGUGCGGAUUUGGUCGUUGAUGGAGGCUAUACCUUGCCAUAA